CUUACUGUACCACGAUGUUAGCUCUCAUUUCUCUCGGAUCCCUUCCCUCCUCUGUUCAUCGCAAGAGAUCACCAUGGACUUGCAGGAGGAUCUCCUAGAUCUGUAUAAAGUCGUCUCAACAUACCCUGCAAUCGAUAACCACACCCACGCAUUGCUCAAGGAGGAACAUCGCGAUGCUGUACCCUUCGAAGGCUUGAUAUCGGAAGCUACCGGACCAGCGUUAACGGAGGAUGCCAUCCAUACACUGGCAUGCUAUCGCGCCGCUGCGCAGCUCGGGAAGCUCCUCGGCCUGGGCGAGACGGCCGAAUGGGAGGACGUCAAGCGUGCGAGGAGCGCGAUGGACUACGAUCAUUUGUGUCGCACGUUCAUGGAGCCAACGAAGAUCCAGUGUGUCCUGAUAGACGAUGGGCUGGGAACGCGGGAUAUUGUGUAUGACUACAAGUGGCAUGAUCGGUUUACGACCAGCCCGACGAAGAGAAUCGUGAGGGUCGAGAUCGUCGCUGAGGACAUCCUGAAAGAUCUCAUGGACGCACAACUUGCAGCAGGCGGCGUCCAAACGAGAGCCCUUAUGCAGUCCUUCUCGGAAACGCUUGCCAGCGAGCUCACAGCGAGCGCUUCUGACCCCGAAGUGGCCGGGUUCAAGUCCAUCGCGUGCUAUCGUACUGGUCUUGACGUGGCGGUGAACCCAGGGUGGGCUGACAUAGAGGUCUGCUUGGUGACGGCAGCAUUGCGAUACGAGUCUACGAAGCGGUUGCGGCUCUCGGAUAAGGCGCUGAAUGACUUUGUUGUGAAUACGACUAUGCGGAUAGCCGGGGAGUUUGAGAAGCCAGUCCAGUUCCAUACCGGUCUGGGAGACAAUGAUAUCACCCUGGCGAAAUCCUCUCCUUCGCACAUGCAACCACUCAUCAAAGCCUACCCCAUGACGACAAUUGUACUCCUGCAUUCAAGCUAUCCGUACACGCAGGAGGCGGGCUACCUUGCCGCAGUCUACCGAAACGUGUACCUCGACUUUGGCGAGGUGUUUCCGUUCGUGAGUGCAGAAGGGCAGCGGCAGAUUGUCAGGCAAGUCUUGGAGCUGUGCCCGACGAAUAAGAUCAUGUGGUCUACUGACGGGCAUUUCUGGCCUGAAUCGUAUUACCUUGGGACGAUACAAGCGCGGCAAGCGCUAUAUCAGGUUCUCGAGGCAUUUAUGAAGCAGAGAGAGCUUACCCUCGCGCAAGCCACUUCCAUCGUGAAGCGUGCGUUCUUUGAGAAUGCGAAUAGGAUAUAUAAGCUCGAAUUGCAGCCGCACGUUAUGUGACGCUGGGGAAGAACACGAAUGUAUACUUUGUAGCGGACGUACCCGUAGGUGGCCCUACAGUGCUCGAAAUCGCUCCAGUACGAAAACCGAUGUCUAAUUGACAAAGUUGCGUUCAGGCCACACAAGCCUGACACCGACGUGCUUCGGUCCUCACAAUUAGGGUUCGAGCUUCAAUGCUGCCUCGAAGUUUGGAUUCCUCGCUCCUGACCAGCGCACCGAUACAUGCGCAAUCAAGUAUCCAUAAACUCGAGCUGAGCCCUCGGAUUCGAGCUGCACGUUGUCUGAUAGUCAUAGACGAGAACGCAGACAUAACUGAAGUCUGAUAGAUAAUGUACUGACUAUAGCGCAAAAGUCUACUAUUUUCCUCGUAGAGGUGGUGCUAUUGAAUAGACAGCUCUAACGAAUGGUUUGACUUAAUUUACCGCCUGUGAUCAUCUCUUGCGUCCGAAAG